UUUUAUAAUGUAAAAAAAUUUAUAUAAACACAUUAAUAACCUUUGUGACCAUUGAUUCACUAAGUCGCAAUGUUCUUUCGAAAUUAAUAUUUUCUGACUGUGCAAAACACUGUAUAAUCAAUAAGCAAUACUGUAUAUUCUGCCGAUAAUAAUAAUAAAAAGAAACCCAAGUUACCAUAGCAACAUUUUGAAUACAAAAAGUGCGACUUUGAAACUUGAUUGACAGCAUUCGGAAACGUCCAUCAUCGUCACUUCGAUUCUGCGAACGAAGGGUAGUAUUGACAUAAACAUAACAUGAUUGCUUUUUUAUUUUUACCUCCAGAAAAAAACUCGAGGCAGUAACAAAAACCUCUUGAAACAAUGAACUUCUUUGAUCAGUCUUAUUAUAGAUUGCUACGAACUUGUGUCUGUAUCGUAGGUCGGUGGCCAUACCAGACUAGUUUUAAAAAAUUUUUGAUAGGGAUUAUCAUCACUCUAGCUUAUAUUCUGCAAGUGGGACCGAAAAUUUUGGCAGACAUUGUGCACUCUGAUGAUCGGGAGCUGAUUUUUGAAACAUUAUCUCCUACUAUAUUAGAUUUUGCAGCUUUAACAAAAUAUAUUAAUACUUUUAUAAAUGCAAAAAUGAUUAAGAAUCUUGUGGAAAGGAUUAAAGAAGACUGGAGAUUAAUUACAAAUGACGGUGAAAAAGUUAUUUUGAAAAAACACGCUGGAGUGGGAAAAUUCAUGGCUACUGGAUACAUAGGAUUUGUAUACACAUCGACUGUGAUGUUUAUUAUCGAGCCGAUUUUGCCGAUACUAAUAAAUGCAAUAUUUAAAAUAAACAUCACGGCACCACAUAAAUUUGCCGAUCCAAUGGAGUGGAUUGUAAUAGACAAAGACAAAUAUUAUUGGUUGUUACUCAGCAAUUCCAGCGUUUGCAUCAUGAUAAUUUUGACAACGCUCGUUUGCCAUGACGUCGUAUUCAUCACCGUUGUACACCAUGCUCACGGAUUAUUUGCAAUUACAGGAUAUCGGAUCAAAAAUUUGCCCAAUAAUACAAUACAAGAAAAAAACUUUUCAAAAUUUGAUCCAACAACAAAUAAGCGGGAUAUUCAUUACAAACAUUUAGUUUCAUGCAUCAGAAUUCACCGACGAGCUUUAGAAUACGCAGAUUUUAUUGAACACACCUUCGCUGGAAGUUUCGGAGUUGUGAUUGGAUUGAAUUUGCCGUUAAUAAGUAUCACUGGAGUUCAGAUAAUUGCUGCUUCGAAAACCUUUCAGCAAAAAAUGAAGUACGUCUUGUUCUCAGGAGCUCAAUUGCUACAUCUCUUCUUCGAAUGCUUCCUGUCUCAGCAGCUGACGGAUAUAAGUUCGCAAGUUCAACAACACAUAGCCGAUGGAAAAUGGUACGACAUUUCGGCAAAAUCUCAAAAAUUGCUGAUUUUGAUGACCAUGAGGUGUCAAGUACCUUGUACUCUAACGGCAGGAAAAAUUAUGGGACUGUCCAUCGAAAACUUUGGAGCUAUGAUCAAAACUAGCGGAUCAUACGUUAUGAUGCUGUUAUCUAUGCAAUAAGUUUUUUAUUUAAUGGUGACCGUUUCUUCGAUUUUUGAAUAAAUAUGUUAAAUGUACAUUAGAGCUCUUAAA